AUGAUGCCAGCCGAAUCAAAGGUGGACGCCUUGCGUGCAGCCAUACUCGAUGUGGUCAAGCGCACGGAAAACCUUCUGUCUCGCCAAGCGACCGAUCCCGAUCAUCGCAUGCUUGUUGCUCUUGCAGGCGUGCCAGGCGCGGGAAAGUCAACGGUGUCUGAUGCGCUCGUCUCUGAGCUUGCUGCACGAGGUAUCAGAGAUGUUGCUGUUGUACCGAUGGACGGCUUCCACUACACUCGGGAAAUUUUGUCGACUUUCGAUGAUGCCGAAGUAGCGUUCAAAAGGCGUGGGGCGCCGUUCACAUUUGAUGCGAAGGCGUGUGUGACGCUUGUCAAGACACUCAAAGAAGCUCCCGUCACCAAGGAUGGCGAAGCCGACAUCUGUAUUCCUGCACCCGGCUUCGACCAUGCUGUCAAGGACCCCGUGCAAGAUGCUAUCAAGAUCUCUUCUCGUACUCGACUUGUUAUUGUUGAGGGCAACUACACACUCUUGAAACAAGACCCAUGGGAUCAGAUUGCAGAGAUGUGUGAUGAAAGAUGGUUUGUCGACGCGCCUGUAGACACAGUUCGUGAUAGGUUAGCACAACGUCACCUUGCUGCUGGCAUCGAGACUUCGAUGUCAGCUGCAAUCGCACGAGCAGAGGAGAAUGACAUUCCAAACGGCGAACUGAUACGAUCCAUGAUGGUAAAGCCGGAUGUCAUCAUCGAGAAUUGA